AUGGCCCCACCUACCCAUGCAAAUUUGAUGCGUGACUUGUUGCAAGCGGUGCAAGAGUUGACCAGACAGAAUCAAGCUCCUUCACCGCAAAAUGCACCGCCACAGGAAGAUACACCUCCAUUCGUUCCUGGAGCAAUCUCUAUAGUUGAGCAGUUUCGUAGGUACAAGCCUCCUACAUUCGACGGUAAUUCCGACCCACUGGCUGUUGAAGAGUGGAUUAGAGGCCUCGAGCGUAUUUUUCGACACAUUUCUUGUACAAACGCACAGAAGGUACUAUGUGCAGAAUUCAUGUUGGUUGGAGCAGCCGGUCACUGGUGGGAAUCAGUCUCACGCACUAGGACCGAAGAACAGCAGCGUAACUUAACUUGGGAACAAUUUAAGGAUGAAGUGAUGGCAAAGUACUUCCCACAAGCUCUGAGAGAUUUCAAGGAAUCUGAGUUUCUACAGCUCAGACAGGGAAACUUAUCACUUAAUGAUUACGAGAGGCAGUUCGAACAACUCUCAAGGUAUGCCCCAUACUUGGUGGAUACAGAAGUUAAGAAAAUCAGAAGGUUCGAGAAUGGACUACGACCAAAGAUCG